AUGGAAAUGGAGUCUGAAACUACAGCCAUACAGAAUGGCUGGAAAAAAGGCCUUCAGAAGCAAAGAGAGGAGGCCCUGGACAAGGCGCUACGCCAACAGUUCUAUCAGAGCGAUCGCGUGAAACAGUUUCAUCGCGCGCUCCUCCAAAUGGAAGCCCUGAAGGAGCUGGACAACCAGAUGACGAUGAAACAGAGGUUAACGUGCACCGCCAAGGAGGAGACCAGGAAAUUCAUGGCUGAUGUCAGGUGCAGGGAGCUGGCAGCCGUGGAGCAGGAGCGGGAGAAGGUGAGGCGGAAGGAGAGGGAGAAAGCAACCUUUCGGGCGUUCCUGGCAGAACAGAGGAGCGAACAGGAGCUGUGGAGGCAGAGGACGGUGGAGAAGACUCUGGAGGUCGAAGAGUGCCAGAAACAACGCGAGCAGUACGAGAGGGAGAAGAACAUCCUCCUGGAGAAGAAGAAGGAGAAGAAGGCAAUGGUGAGGAAGGCCCACACAGAGCACGUGCAGGCGAUGAGCACCAUCCGGGCACUAGAGGCUGAAAAGAUAAAGAUGGAGGAGGAGAGGCGGAGGCUUUUCCAGAUGGAGAGGGACAGGGAGGUGGAGAGGUACAAGGAGAUGGUGGCAGUGCAGCUGGCCACCGAGAUGCAGGAGAAAGCCAACCAAGAGGAGCAGCUCAAAGCCCAGAUAUUGGCCGACAGCCUGGCCAAGUGGGAGGCCAAGCUGCAGAGGGAGCGCACGGAGCUGGAGGAGAAGAAGAAGUCCAUGCGCGACGCUAUCGCCGCGCACCGCGAGAACAAGCGCGCCGCGCGGGAACGCCAGGCCGAGGCGGACGAUCGGAGGUCGCGGGGCUUCCUCCACGCCGGGAAAGAGCGAGACCAGCGGCAAGAGGAGGCGCAGCGGGCGGCCGCGCGGAGGGAGGAGGAGAAGCGAGCCGCCGUCGACAACUUCCUGCGGCGGCAGAUGACCGAGCGGCGCGCCACGGACCGCCUCCAGCAGCGCCGGGAGAUGGAGUCAGACAGGAAGUACAGCGAGCUCAUCGCCGAGGAGGAGGAGCAGUUCCAGCGCUACACCGACGGGAUGAUCAGCGCCGCCAGGAAGGCCAACCGGAACACAUUCCCGCUCCUCAAGGCCGCCCAGCACGGAAUGUGGGCUGGUGUCGGCCCCAUUUACGGAGGGCUGAGGGCCAACUAUUUAGUCCCCGGUGCCGGUUACAAUCAGAUGCCCAAUUAUGUCCGCACCACGACCAAAGACCUCCAAAGACUAUAUGGGACUAAAGAGAGCCAGUCAGCCAGCAGACUGAACUUCAUAUGGUAA